UUACAACUACAACAAGGACGACUAUCUGAAAAAGAAGUCUUGUCACAACAGAGUCCGCUGGUUUGAGAGGCACUUAUUCGAACAUGUUGCUUCUAGGGAUAGGGACAUCAUAAGGGAGCAGUUCAGAAGUAUAGUAAGAUGUAUACAAAGACUUAGACUACAAAGGGGGCGCAACAUAGUUAGAUACAAGUUUUACCUACUGAGGAUAGCCAGUAUGAAUGGUAUCUCCCUGAAGAACCCUCCUGAGGACAUUAAGACCCAAAGGAUUGUGGACAUCCUUGAGGAUAGAUUGUAUGGGAAAGUUUUUGUUGAGCUUGGAUGGAAACCUGAGAAGUGUGAAUAUUAUAAUAAAUGGAAAAGUAAAAACACUUAA